UGUAUUUUUGUGUACACUUACAUUUUCCAGUUUAUUAUAUAUGCUUUUUUGGAAUAUGUAGGGGUAUCAACUAUGUCUGAGAAAGUAGUUUAUGUUAUUUUGUAUCAUGGUGAGCAUUCAGCGCCUUUUCGUGUAAGUAUGAGGAGCAACGUAUAUGAGUUGAAGUGUUUGCAUGUAAGCAGUGGAGUUCUUUGUCUCCUGAAACUAUACGUUUGAGAUGUAUGGAUAAUAAUCAAAUAGUUUUUGUACAUGGUGAUAUACAACUGCAUGGUCUAGUUGCUCUUACAAGUUUUAUUAACAAUGAAGAUUUCUGUUUGAAUGUUGACGUGAUUCAGAAGACUAGUUCUCGUUCUAAAUCUGGUUGUGGUACUAGUUAUGGUUCUAGUACUGCAAAUUCUUGUAUAACUAAAAUUUAUAAGCUUGUAAGGGUGGUAGAUCAUGAUGCAGACAAGGGUAAGCCUUUUGUUUCCGGUGAAUGGAUUUAUAUUUUUGACAAGAUAGGUAGAGAGUUUAUGGGUGGUGUUGAAGCUGUCAGAAUUGUUAUGGAUAAGUACAAGAUGGCUUCUGGUUACAAGAUUAGUAGUCUGAAAAAUGACAAGACUCGGUAUACUUCAAAGUGUAAAGAAGAUGGUUCCUCGUGGAGGAUUCACUUUGGGCCUGUGAAUGGUGACAUUUCCCGGUUCUAUCUGAAAGAUGCGAAUAUUCUUCACAGCUGUGGUGUUGGUUUGGGGUUGAAGAGUCCUACGGGGAAAAAGGAGGAAGAAGGAAAAAUACCUUGGUGGAUGAGGAUUUGAUAUGAGGGAUCUCCAACUGUUUCAACGUAGGAGGAUGCCUCCUCUUCUUAGAGCCGAACAAAGAGGGUAAAGAGAUACCUUUCUUGUCUUUCUGAGGAGAUUCAUCAUCCGGAAGAGGAUCCCAGCUUAGUGACUAAGGCUUUGAGAGGAAGUCCCUUAGUGCUUAAAGAAAUUCUAUACUUCUUGGCAACAUCAUCGCUCAGCCUUACCCGACCCGACGCGUGAAGUUCUUUCAAAUCAGAGCUAGUCAAAACUGGGGGAGGGGUUCAGUUCCCUAAGAAGAAAGUUCAACAUGU